GGUCAGUGACCGCGCACGCCGCCUGUUUGUGUGUGGAGAGGUCUCGGGAGCGCGCCCCCCCCGGCCGAGGAAGGUGAGCGAGUGUCUGGAGGGGAGGACUCGGGAGCGACCAGCGCACGAUCGAUCGGAUUAAACUCGAUUUGAGUGAAAUUAACACAAAGGAGAGAAGAGCAAACGCGCACUAGUCGGCGAGGUCGCGGAUGAGAGGCACGCCGGAGAAAUAUUUCAUGAAAAACAAAAAAAAAACUUGAACUUUUUCCACAUUCUGUUUAUUUAUAUUUCCGACUGAAAAGGGACCACGGUGGGUUUUUUUUUCCCCCCCGAGCGAGCGGAGAUACUAACGAGGAGUUGGUGUGAUAAAACCCCGGACUGACCGAGCUUGUUGGCAACCUUAUUGAAGAUCAUGGAGUAGAACGAUUCAAACCAGCAGCUAUCUCAUUAGCUCUUCAUUGCACAACACACCUCCCUCCAUCUGCGGGCCACCACCCAGCCAUGGCGGACCCAGCGAUGUUGAGCUUAUUUGGGGACGAUGCAGGGCUGUUCUCAGAUGGAUUAGAUGGUUUAGGAGACUGCUUUCCUCAGCAGCCAGCCUCUGGCCAAGCCAAUCCACUAGCCCAGCAGACUAAUCCCUCUCUGAACCAUGAGCACCAAGGAAACAGGGGUUACCACCAGGGGAUGAUCCAUGGGGCUGGGCCUGGUCCAGGGCAGCCUAAAAUGGGGCAAAUGUUUGACCACAGCCCCUACACGAGCUAUGACCAGACUGGUGCCCCAGGAGGACGUUUGAUGGCCCAGAAUGGUCCUACCCAGGGGCCACCAAAUGUGAACACGGCCAUUAAUGGCAUGGCGUCCCACUACCAUAAUAACCCCACUAACUCAAGUAAUCCUCACCACGGUUACCAAGGUGAUGCUGGAGCAGGUGGAGGUGGUGUUUGGGGCCAGCAACCGCAGAGCAGAACAGUGUAUCAGCAGGCACCGGCCGCACCGGGAGGCGGCCCCAACCAGAUGGGAAGCUACCAGAUGUCUCAAGGCAAUUAUAGUGGGAUGCAAGGUCCACCUACAUCGAGUGCAGCUCGCAUGAACCAACACUACCCUUCACAGAGCAUGGCCCCGCCUCCUGCUCAGGACCCAGCUCACUACUUGGGACAUGUUGGGAUGGGAGGCUCCCAAAUGAGACAUCCUCAGCCUCAGUCACAAUCCCAGGGCUAUCCCAACAUGGGCCACACACCUAGAUACCCUCACUCCCCCUCUAGACAACCUCAACACCCCCACCAGCACCAACAGAGCAUGGCACCAUUUGGAGGUACUCAGUACCCAGGUUAUCAGGCACAGUAUGGUGCCAUGGGACCUGGGAUGGGCCAAGGUGCUAAUGCUAAUGUCAGUGCAAACCCCAGCCAGACCAUGGCACCAGGUCAGCUUGGCCAGAGGUUUACCCAGGGAUCCGGCUCAGCAACAAGUCAACAGGGACAGCGAUACCCCCCUGGAGCAGCACACCAGUCCCAGCCCCUUCAAACCCUUGCUAACCCAAUGCAGCAGGGAGCACAGCAGGGCCAGCCUAUGCACCCCUUAAACCACCCCCAGAAUCUGCCCCAGCCCCCAAACCAAUCCCAGACCCACCUUGCCCCACCAGCUCAGGGAUCUUACCCCUCCCCCUCAUCUAUGUCUCCCAUGCGGGUUUUGGGUACCCCAACUCCUCCUCCCCAGCAAGGGAGACCUCCUAGUGCAGGACUACCUGGGCCCUCAGAGGUCGCAGGGUACCCAUCCCUGCAGUCUCCAUCUAAUGCUUUGGCCCACACACAGAGACCUCCACAAACCCCUUUAUCGUCCCCACACCCCCAACACCAGCAGCCCCACAACAUGCCCCCCAACGCGGGGCAAAUGUAUCCUGGCAUGGGGCCACAUCGUGGUCCACAACUGGGACCAAACAGGCCUCAGCUCCAGCCUCAGCAAGGGCCUCACGAAGCUCCAGUCACCCAGGGGGGAGACCAGCGCCUGCUCCAGGCCCAGCAGCAGGCCUCUCGAAGCGGGCAGCCCGUGCAGGCCGCGCCCAGGGGCUUCCACAGCCCACCUCUCGGUCAACACGGAGCCCCUGCGUCAGGCCAGGGCUUGGCCCCGCCCACCCAGAACGCUCAGAUGCCGCACACGCAUCUCCCCCCCCACCCUCACCACCUGCAGAGCACGCCCCCUCCACCCAGCCAGGGCCCUCACCCGUGGGCACCCCCGCCUUCCGCCCCGCACCCGCUCUCGUCACCCCCUCUUACCCCACAGAAAGUGCCUCACAUACAGCAUUCCCCCUCGGACCUGUCAGGUGAUGCCUCAAUGAUGGUUCCUGACAGGGCAGCGGUCGGCACCGGAGCCCCCGGCCAGCCUAUCAGCACAGAGAAGUCCAGCGAUCAGGAGACCAAGCCAAAAAAGAAGAAGAAGAAGAAAGCAAAAGCAGCUGAAGAAGAGGAGGGAAGCCACAAGGCGGCAAAGGAAGGAGAGGAAGACGUGAAGUCGGAAUUUCCCGGAACAGGUGGUGACGCAGGUCAACAGGUUACUGGCACAGGAAUCGUAGACGGAAGUUCACCACCAGUGGAGGAGAAGAAGAAGCGGAAAAAGAAACCAAAGGAGAAGGCCGAGGGCAAGGAGCCCAAACAGCCUAAGACCCCGAAGACACCCAAAACACCCAAGACUCCCAAAGAGCCCAAGGAGAAGAAGGCAAAGAACACCACACCCAAGGCGAAGACUCCCAAGAAAACCAGUAAAAAGGGGGAGUCGGAGGGUGGAGCUAGCGCUGCUAAGAAGGAUUCCAAGAGGAAGAGAGAGUCGUCCGUUAGCGACGAUGUGGGGGUGAAGUCUCCACUGCCCUCUCCUCCUGAAGAAGAGGAUGAUGAUGGUGUGCAGAAGCGCCGUUCGAGCCGUCAGGUGAAAAGAAAGCGGUAUACGGAGGACUUGGAGUUCAGGAUCUCCGAGGAUGACGACAGCGGUGAUGACUCAUCAGCACCAAAAUCUCCAUCAUCCUCAUCACAACAGCAGGACGUGGCUGAAGCUGAAGGGCCUGUCGUGGAGAAGAUCAUGGGUCUGCGCGCCUCCAAGAAACAGCUGGAGUCAGGCGAGGAAGCGGAGGUGGAGGAGUUCUACGUCAAGUUCAAGGGCUUUUCAUACCUCCAUUGCCGCUGGGCAGAGAUGGAGGAACUGGGGAAGGACAAGAGAAUACACCAGAAGAUAAAGAGAUUCAAGGCCAAGCAGCAACUGAACAGCUUUAUAACUGAGAUGGACGACGAGCCUUUUAACCCAGACUAUGUGGAGGUGGACCGCGUCCUCGACGUUUCAGAGAGCCCAGAUGAAAAUGGAGAGACGGUCACCUUGUACUUGGUGAAAUGGUGCAGCCUGCCUUAUGAAGAUUCCACCUGGGAGCUGAAGGCCGACAUCGACCAGUCCAAGAUAGAUGAAUAUGAACGUAUUGCAUCGCGCACACCCAACACUAAGAAAGUGGAUCGGCCUCCUGCAGCCGACUGGAAAAAGCUGGAGGGCUCCAGAGAAUACGGGAAUGGCAAUGCACUCAGGGAAUACCAGCUCGAAGGCCUCAACUGGCUAACUUUCAACUGGUACAACUCACGCAACUGUAUCCUGGCAGAUGAGAUGGGGUUAGGAAAGACCAUCCAGUCCAUUACAUUCCUCUAUGAGAUAUACAUGAAGGACAUCGAGGGUCCGUUCCUGGUCAUCGCCCCUCUCUCCACCAUCCCCAACUGGGAGAGAGAAUUCAGGACGUGGACUGAGCUCAACGUGGUGGUUUACCAUGGCAGCCAGGCCAGCCGGAAAACCAUUCAGGCCUACGAGAUGUACUACAGAGAUGCACAGGGUAAGAUAAUAAAGGGCGUGUAUCGGUUCCAUGCGGUGAUAACAACGUUUGAGAUGAUUCUGGCUGACUGUCCGGAGCUUCGCGGCAUCUCAUGGCGCUGUGUGGUAAUUGAUGAAGCCCACCGCCUUAAAAACCGAAACUGCAAACUACUGGAGGGAUUGAAAAUGAUGGAUAUGGAGCACAAAGUCCUGUUGACAGGAACUCCUCUCCAGAACACGGUGGAGGAACUCUUCAGCUUACUCAACUUCCUGGAGCCUGAGAGAUUCCCGUCGGAGCAGACAUUCAUGACUGAAUUUGGAGACCUUAAGACUGAAGAGCAGGUCCAAAAACUGCAAGCCAUCCUGAAACCAAUGAUGCUGAGAAGACUGAAGGAGGAUGUGGAGAAAAACCUGGCGCCUAAAGAGGAGACCAUCAUCGAGGUGGAGUUGACCAACAUCCAGAAGAAAUACUAUCGGGCUAUUCUGGAAAAGAAUUUCACAUUCCUGUCCAAAGGAGGGCCAGGAGGAGGAGGAGGUGGAAGUGGAGGAUCCGGUGUCCCCAACCUCCUCAACACCAUGAUGGAGUUGAGGAAAUGCUGCAACCACCCCUACCUCAUUAACGGAGCCGAGGAGAAGAUCAUUGAGGAGUUCAGGGACUCCAACGGUGGCAGGAUAGACAUACCAGAAAUGGCCCUGCAAGCGAUGAUCCAGGCAGCUGGUAAACUGGUGCUCAUUGACAAGCUGCUGCCCAAACUGAAGGCUGGUGGACACCGAGUCUUGGUGUUCAGUCAGAUGGUCCGUUGUCUGGACAUCCUGGAGGAUUACCUGAUACAAAAACGGUAUCCGUAUGAGCGCAUCGACGGCAGAGUUCGUGGUAACCUGCGACAGGCAGCCAUCGACAGGUUCUCCAGACCAGACUCGGACCGUUUUGUCUUCCUGCUUUGUACGAGAGCUGGAGGACUUGGCAUCAACUUGACUGCAGCGGAUACUUGCAUCAUCUUUGACUCUGACUGGAACCCUCAGAACGAUCUGCAGGCCCAGGCGAGGUGUCAUCGUAUCGGUCAGUCCAAGUCUGUCAAGAUCUACCGUCUGAUCACCAGGAAUAGCUACGAGAGGGAGAUGUUCGACAAGGCCAGCCUGAAGCUCGGACUCGAUAAAGCUGUUCUUCAAAGCAUGAGUGGACGAGAGAACGCCAACAGUGGGGUCCAGCAGUUGUCCAAGAAGGAGAUCGAGGACCUGCUGAAAAAGGGUGCGUACGGCGCUCUGAUGGAUGAGGAAGACGAAAGCUCCAAGUUCUGCGAGGAAGACAUCGACCAGAUCCUCCAGAGGAGAACCCACACCAUCACCAUUGAAUCAGAGGGCAAGGGCUCUACGUUUGCCAAGGCGAGUUUUGUUGCAGCAGGAAACCGAACAGACAUUUCCCUGGAGGAUCCAGAUUUCUGGCAGAAAUGGGCCAAGAAGGCGGAGCUGGACAUGGACGCCAUCAAUGGCCGGAACACGCUUGUUAUUGACACGCCGAGGGUGAGGAAGCAGACACGGCACUACAGCAGUGUCAAAGAGGAUGAAAUGUUGGAGUUCUCUGAGCUCGAGAGCGACGACGACGAGCCCAGCAAACCCCCAUCCAAACAGAGGCGGCCCCAGGACAAAGCCCAGGGGUACCCCCGGUCAGAGUGCUUCAGGGUGGAGAAGAACCUGCUCGUCUAUGGUUGGGGUAGGUGGAGUGACAUCCUGGCUCAUGGCCGCUUCAAGCGCCCCCUGAAGGAGGCCGACGUGGAGACCAUCUGCAGGGCCCUCCUGGCCUACUGCCUGCUGCAUUACCGUGGCGAUGAGAACAUCAAAAGUUUCAUCUGGGACUUGAUCACCCCGAGUGAAGACGGGACCACGAAGACGCUGUCCAACCACUCUGGUCUGUCGACACCUGUCCCCAGGGGCAGGAAGGGGAAGAAAGGGAAGCCCACCGGCCCUCCACCGCAGACUCCACGAGCGGCCUGGCUGGCCGGCUGCAACCCCGACCACUUACUGCAGGAGGAUAGCUACAAGAGACACCUGAAGCACCACUGCAACAAGGUUCUGCUCAGAGUGAGGAUGCUGUAUUAUCUGCGACAGGAAGUCGUAGGCGACCAGGCCGAGCGCAUCCUGGAAGGAGCAGACUCCAGUGUGCUAGACGUCUGGAUCCCUCAACCUUUCCACGCUGAGGUCCCAGCCGACUGGUGGGACACCGACGCGGACAAAUCCCUGCUCCUCGGUGUCUUCAAACACGGCUAUGAGAAGUACAACUCUAUGCGUGCCGACCCCACCCUGUGUUUCUUGGAGCGAGUGGGUAUGCCAGACGCCAAAGCGAUUGCCGCUGAGCAGAGGGGCUCUGACAUGAUGGCAGAUGGUGUCGAGGGUGAGGAUGAGGACCCAGAGUAUAAGCCGCUGCGUAUGCCUUUCAAAGAUGACAUGGACGACUUCACCAACUCUCCACUGGACGACAAAGAUGACACGGUGGAGGGGGAGGCUGAGGUCAAAUCUGGUGAAAACGGUGCACCGCCACCCGCGAUCUCCGGGCCCAACGAGCGACUCUGCUGGCCCGCGGCCUCGGCGCUGACGGCUCGUCUGCGUCGCCUCAUCACAGCGUACCAGCGCACGAAUCGAAGAGAGCAGCUCCGCCAAGAGGCUCUCAGCCGGCCUGAUGGUCGCCGCCGACGACGCAGGGAGUUCCUGCCUUCUAUCGGCAUGGUUCCUGAAACAGGAGGAGCAGCGUCUUAUAUCCAAGAUGGCACGGGGGUGUUCAUGACAGAAGGAAGUCCAUAUCUGGCCAAAGGAAGUGCUUACUUUGCCAAAGGUGGUCAGUUCGUGCCAGAGGCUUCGCCAGUGAUGACCACCAGCUCCCUGAUGGCUGACAGUGCCAUGUAUUACAAAGAGAGGAGACAAAGGUGGACGCGCCGCGAGGAGGCUGAUUUCUACCGUGUGGUGUCCACCUUCGGCGUGGUCUUUGAUACCCAGCGCCAGAAGUUUGACUGGACACAGUUCAGGGCUUUCGCUCGGCUCGACAAGAAGACAGACGAGAGCUUGGAGAAGUAUUACUUCUCAUUCAUCGCCAUGUGUAAACGAGUCUGCAGAAUGCAGAUCAAGACUGACACAGAACUCCCAGACCCGACCCUGAUCAUCGACCCCAUCACGGAGGAACGAGCCUCUCGCACCCUGUACCGCAUCGAGCUCCUCCGUCGCAUCAGAGAGCAGGUUCUCCCACACCCUCAGCUCUCGGAGCGCCUCAAGCUCUGCCAGCCCUCCCCGGACCUGCCGGAGUGGUGGGAGUGCGGCCACCACGACCGGGACCUCCUCCUGGGAGCCUGCAAGCACGGUGUUAGCCGCACAGAUUAUCACAUCCUGAACGACCCCACGUUGUCCUUCCUGGAGACCCACCAGCGCGCCACCAGCCAGCGAGGGGCCGGCGGGGGUGCAGGUGCCCCCGGAGAGUUCACCAAAGCCGGGACGGGAGCCGUGGAAACCACGUCCGCUCCACUUCUCACCCCGGCGGAGCUGGCGAGCGCUGCAGCCGCCGCUAAAAUUGCUGUUAAUGCAGCUGAGGAGGACGAGGAGGAGGAGGGAGGAGAGGCGAAGGACAUAAAGGUUGAGAAAGGGAAAACUGAGACGGAGGUGAAAAUUGAAACCAAGGGAGACGCUAACGACACCCCAAGCACAAAGGAUGAAACCCACGAGGAACAAAUGGGAAAUCAGGGAGAUGACGAAGAAGGGAAAGAUGAGACGCUUGCCUCACCAGUGAAGGAGGUCAAGACAGAAGAGGGCCAGCUGAAGGUGGAAAAGGAGGAGCUGGAAGCACAGGAGGAGGAUCAGGGGGAGGAAGAAAAGGUUCUGAAGUUGGAAAAUGACCAAGAAAAAGACUUGACGGAGGAGAAGAACAGUGCGAGUCCUGAGGAGCUUCUCAGCAAGCAGGAGGACUCGAGCACUGAGCUCCACGAACACCCAGACUCCACCCUCAAAGCACAGCUGGGCUGCAAAGCCACAGAGGAGGAAGAUGGAGAGGACAGAGAGAAUCCAGACUUUCCCAAAUCUCCAAAGUCUGCCGACACAGAGAAGAGCCCCGAAGAGGAGGAGGAAGAGAGGCUGGAUGAAGACGAUAAAUCUGAGAAAUCCUCUCAAGCUGAAGCGAGCGCCGCGUCGGAGCAGAAGAACUUUGACGAGGAGAGUAUUGCAUCUCUGAGCAUGUCGACCCGAGACGAGACCAGAGACGGGUUCUGCCCCGACGACCUGGCAGAGACGUCUGCGCUGCAAGCCCUGCAGGACCGGGCCUACGCCUUCUCCUUCUGGCCUAAGGAUCGAGUGAUGAUCAAUAGGAUGGAUAACGUCUGCGAGGCGGUCCUGAAGGGCAAGUGGCCCGUUAACAGACGCCACGUCUUCGACUUCCCCAGCAACCUGUUGCCGGGUCACGGCUCGGCGGCGAGCGGAGCUGCCGCCGCCGCCAUGGUGACGGAGAGUCCACUGCAGAGGCGGAGCUUGGCUGAGCUAACGAUGGCUGGCAUCCACAUGGCGUACAGCGGCAGUGACGAUAAAGCAUCACCACAGGCGCACGAGGAUGCUCUAAGUCUGACGGUGCCACGGCAACGGAGGAGGAGGAGGAGAAAGAUCGAGAUUGAGGCGGAGAGGGCGGCCAAGAGACGUAACCUGAUGGAGAUGGUGGCUCAGCUGAGAGAAAGCCACGCCGCUGCCGAGUCGCAGAACCAGGCGAUGGACCUCACCAAGGGCAUGCAGCAGCACCACAAGGCUGCUCCGUCUCUCGCCGGCUUCCCCAGCGGCCUGGUGACAAACCCCUCCCUCAAGGCACAAAUGGAGUUGUUGCAGCAAGUCCCACGAUCGGGACACACAGCCAAUGGUUUGUUGGAGACCGACCUGCCCAUUAUGAGAAGGAGGCGGGGCCGCAGGAAAAAUGUGGAGGGCCUGGAGCUGCUGUUCAUGGGCAACAAAAGAGCUGGAGGGGAUGAUGCUGAUGGGACGAAGGUUUCAGGCAGGGUUCAGGACGCUGCCCGUUCGCACAGACCCAUCUCUGCCCCCGAGCAGAGCCCCAGUGCCAGAGCUCCCGCCUCCAGCAGCCUGGAGGACGAGGACGCAGCCGUUUCCAGUAAAGACCUGGGAGAGUGGCUGAGGCAGCACCCGACGUACAUGGACAUGCCUGGAUUCACACCAAAGAACGAAGAGUUGGCACUGUCUCAGUUCAAUAAGCCCAAGCAGAAGCGGCAUCGCUGUCGAAACCCCAACAAGAUCGACAUCAACACUCUGACUGGGGAGGAGAGAGUCCCUGUGGUCAACAGACGGAAUGGACGCAAGAUGGGCGGGGCCAUGGCUCCACCAAUGAAAGAGCUUCCCCGGUGGUUACUGGAGAACCCCGAGUUCUCUGUGGCCCCUGACUGGACGGAGAUCGUCAAACAGUCGGGUUUUCUCCCAGAAGCCAUGUUUGAUCGCCUCCUGACCGGCCCCGUGGUCAGAGAGGAGGGCGUGCGUCGCCGGGGCCGACGACCCAAGUCUGAGAUAGCGAAGGCGGCGGCUGCUGCCCAGGCGGCUGCAGCCGCUCAGGCUGCACACGCGUCGCUGGCGACCGCAGCCUCGUCUGCAGGAGGAAUCAACCCUCUGCUGUUGAACAGCCUGUUUGGAGGGAUGGACCUGUCGUCUCUCCAGAGCCUCCAGUCCCUCCAGCUGGCCGCCGGGCUGAUGGCCUUCCCUUCUCCCAGCGACCCCAAGCAGUCUGCCGCCAACGCCGCCGCCGCCUCCAUGCUGCCCCUCAUGCUCCCCGGGAUGGGAGGCCUGCCCAACAUGGCCGCCGCCCUGCCGAACAUGUUUAGCCUCGGAGGGCUGUUUGGAAGUAACCUGGCCGCGGCCGCCUCUGCCGCUUCAAACUCUGCCGCUGCUGCUGCUGCCGCCGCCGCGGCCGCACAACACACCAACGGAAGCUUGGAAAGGGAGGGAGACGGCGAGGAGGCCGCGAUAUCCAAGAGGAAGAGGGAGGGGGAGGAGAAGUAUCAAGGAGAAGGUUGUGGCGAGGCGGGAGAGGACGAAGAAGAAGAGGAGGCCAAGGGAAAUGAGGAUGGAGGGAAAGCAAAAAAGAGGAAGGGGGGAGAGGGCGGUUCAGAGAAAUCAUUCAGUGACGUCACCGCGGCUCCUAAGAUGCUGGCUGCUGAUUCGCCGGCGGAAGUGUCCAUCAACGGGGAUGCGGCGGCCCUGCUGGCGGCUGCCGGCAUGUCUGCCAACUCCCUGGCGUUCAACCCCUUCCUCAUCUCCACCAUGGCUCCCGGCCUCCUCUACCCCUCCAUGUUCCUGCCCCCGGGGCUCGGGGGAAUCAGCCUCUCCGCCUUCCCCACGGCCUCCACCUUGGCCGAGCUGCAGAGCGCCAUGGCCGGGGCCCUGGGGGGCGGCGCCGUCACCCCAAACCUCCUGAGAGACGAAGACGACGAGGACAAGAAAGACGGGGAGAAGGCUGCCGUAGAGGGGGAGGAUGAGGGCGAAGACGGAGGAGGGGACAGUGACUUGGCCGAGGAGAAUGCGGGAAGAGCAGAGGGGGAGAACAGCGGAGAAGCUGAGCCUGCGGCUCUCAGAGGAGGAAAAGGAGACGAGGAGGAGGACGAGGAGGAGGAGGAUGAGGAGGAGGAGGACGAGGAGGAGGAGGAUGCAGCUGCGGCGUCUCCUCAGAAGGGCAAGAGUGACUGAAAUAAAACACAAAACUGACUGGCCUUGAACAUUUCCUCCCCUCUGACGUCCCCUCGCCACGUUUACACACUUCCACCAGAAAUAUCCAAACUAUUAUGAUCAUGUUAUUUUGUUUUCUUUUCUUUGCGCUUUUUGUUGAUUUUGUCCUUCACUCUGUUGUUUAUCUGUUGUUUGGAUGUAUUUACUACGUGUCAGAGAGGACGAGGUGUGUUUGUGUUAAGUUAAAUCUCUCUGAUCGCUGGUGUAGUCAGGGAAAAUCUUCUGCCGCUCACUCGGAGCUCGGCUCGUACUCAAAGACUGUUUCUUCUUCUCUGGUUGGUUUGUGUGCGCUGUGAACCGCGCCCACACUCUUUUUCUACAAUCCCUCAAAUAGGACUUCACAAAUUUCCAAUAGUACUAUUAUUAUAUUAUUAUAUUAUUAUUGCUGCUGCUUUCAGCUCUCAAGUCUUUAUUCUUAUUUUUGCCUCAGUUUUCUGUUGUUGGCAGCAUCUCAUCAAAAAGAAGAAACGCCCGUUUGCCGGUGCUUUUUUCUAACAUCAGUUCUCAAAAGAAAACAGCAUUACAGCUAACCCAGCUGUCUGUCUGACAAAGCUGCUGCAAAAUGAAUUGUGGGUAAUGGAGUUGAUUGAGCUGCUCUUUUUUUUGAGAGCAAAUAUGUUGUAGUUUUUUGUUUUGUUUUUUCUUUUGGUAGUUCUUGCAUAUCAGAUCAGGUAGACCGAUGAGGAGAACGACCCGGACUGGCACAGAGAUCAGUCACCAACUCAUCCAAGUGCAUCCUUGAUCCUGAGCUGCACACACUCAAACGUUCAGGUGUCUACCACUACACACACUAACCCCUCUUGUUUCUGUGAUUGUUUUUUCUUUUUUAUUUUAAUUAUAGAUAUUUCCUUUUGAGUGUGCUCGUGCACGCUGAACCGAUACUGUUAAAGCCAGUCCCACACUGAAUACCAGUCUCAUGUCUUUCUACUGCCACAUCUGAAUCUCGUCUGCCUCUCCGAGGCGGCUGGUUGCAUGGGCGCGCGGGGUGGCAGGCGGGCUGGGUCUGCCGCCAGUCAGGCCUCCUGAUUGGUCCGCUCCGCCGCCACAGCCGGCCGUCCUCGCCCGGAGGCUUCUGUGAAUGAAUACGCAGCGUUGGUCCACACAGGGAUGUGAUGUUUCAGGUUUCUUCUUGAAAGGGGGCACAUAAGAUUUUGUUUUCUUUUUUUCUUUUUUUUUUUUCUUUCUUUCUUUCUAGUUGCUGCAACAUUAACGUUUUAAUUUUUGACUUCUUUCACAUCCCGGUAGUUCAGACCAAGUGCUGCUCCAUAGUGACCUUCUAUUUAAAGACUGUUGCUCUAGUCACACACACUGACACCAGGCCUGACCAAAACAGGACCGAGACACGGUUGGAAACUGGGGCCGAGUUGGAAACUUUCAAUUUUUCUGUAUGAAGUUCGACUCUGGUUGCCGAGUGAGUUUUUUUUUUUUUUUAAAUACUUGAAAAGCACGAGUGGUGGUUGAUUUGUGUCCCCAAAGGCCAGUUCAAGUGUCUGAGAAGAAUCUAGUGCUGCAAGUGAUUUAAAUAUUUCAAAGUACAUUCAAACAGACACACACACAAUCACACACACACACUAGCCAGGUCUUAUUAACGUUUGCUCUCACAACCAACCGGCAGAUGCAGGGAGGGAAAUGAGUUGCGGAGGGGAGGAGGGGGGGUUGUUCUCUCUGGAGACGUUUCCCCGUCGCAGGUCCUCGUCCUUUCCUCGGAUGCUGAGACAGCAAUAACCAAGGCAGCUUCUGAAUGUUCCAACAUCGCUCUCCCAACACACACACACACACUCGCUCACACACACUCGCACACGAAAUAAACAACCACAAGUGUCGUAUGAAACGAAAAACAAAACUAAAACUGUAAAAUGACAGAAUUAAGUACUGCAAUCAGUUUUGUCUCACUCUGUUCCUGUUGAUGCACUGGUGUUAAAGAUUUAAAAUAGUCAGGUACCUUUAUUACUUAGCUACUUUUCUUGAAAAAAAAAGGACUUUUUGUUACUUUUAGCCAGCAAGCUGAAGAGCAUUACCUCAAAAUUCUUAUCUAGCCUUGAAGUUUACAGACAUACCAUGUAAAUGUUUUUUUUUCCUUUUUGUCUUUUUGUUUUGUUUUUUGUUGGUUUUUUGUUUUUUUUUGAGACAUCAAGUAUGAUGAAUUGUAGCUAUGAUGCUUUUAAUAAAAGUGAAUCAUAUUCGCCUAGGAAACCAA